AGAACCGCUGAUGUGGGCCCGCGACCUACUGGACAUGCCCGCCAUUUCCAGAUUCUACCCUUCCGCCACGUGCUCCCUCGCCUCCGCCUCCUCCCGUUCCCCACCUCGCCGCCGCCGCGUCGUCUCCCCCAUGGGCCAGUCCCCGAGCGCGCCAUCGGGGCACAACCGCCACCGCAGCCGGAGCAGCUCGCGGUGGCCGCGGCCGGGGCUCGGGCUCGACCUAGGGCUCCUGCUCGGGCGCAAGCCGAGGUCGGGGGGCGAGAGGCUGGACAUCGCGAACCGGGUGCGAUGCUUCCUGUCGCCGCCCACCGCGGAGGCGGACGCCGAGGGGAAGGCCGCCGGUAGUCGCGAGGAAGACGAGGUCGGCGGCGAGGAGGCCGGCCACCUCGUUGUCAUGGUGAAUGGGCUGUACGGGAGUUCGGAGGAUUGGAAAUUUGCAGCAGAGCAGUUCGUGAAGAGGCUACCGGGGAAAGUCUUCGUGCAUCGUAGUCAGAGUAAUCAUUCAAAGUUAACAUACGAUGGAGUUGACUUAAUGGGAGAAAGGCUAGCUGAGGAGGUUCGACAAAUUGUUCAGAGAAGAAGAAACUUGAGGAAGAUAUCUUUUGUCGCGCAUUCGCUUGGUGGUUUAGUAACAAGAUAUGCAAUUGGAAAACUCUAUGAACCCCCCAUGAAUGAAGUCUCUUCUCUUGAUACUGAUAAGCUUUCUGAUGAACAUAAAAUACCGGAUGGUGGUAAAAUAGCUGGUUUAGAACCAAUUAACUUCAUUACAUCUGCUACACCACACUUGGGCUCAAGGUGGAAUAAACAACUCCCCUUUCUUUUUGGUGCCCCACUUUUGGAGAGAACUGCCGCAGAAACUGCACAUUUUAUAGUUGGGAGAACUGGUAAACAUCUAUUUCUUACAGACAGAGAUGAUGGGAAGUCUCCACUUCUCCUGCGAAUGGUUGAAGAUUGUGAUGAUGGGAAAUUCAUGUCAGCUUUGCGCUCUUUUAAGCAUCGUGUUGCCUAUGCUAAUAUAACAUAUGAUCAUAUAGUUGGCUGGAGAACAUCAUCGAUUCGGCGUCAGCAUGAAUUACCAAAACUUAAGUUAACAGCAAACGAUAAAAAGUAUCCUCAUGUUAUUAAUGUUGAUAAAGAAAAUUCAGAGGAUCAUCAGCAAGAUGAAUCUGUAGACGCUUCACUCGCAAAUAGCCUUGAAGAGACGAUGAUCCGUGGCCUUACACAAGUGUCCUGGGAACGUGUGGAUGUAUGCUUUCAUAAGAGCUGGCUAAGAUACAACGCCCAUUAUAACAUCCAGGUUAGGAUUCAUCCAGGUAAUUCGGACGGAGAAGACGUCAUAUAUCAUAUGAUAGACAAAUUUCUAGUCUAGACGACUAGACUGGCUUAACUUGACAACUCGUUCCUAUGGAUUCUUCGUGAGAAGUCAUUAUCUUUUAUGCGUUGGGUAACUCAAAUCUAGUUGAUUGAUAUCGGCAGACCAACAUGUAUUCACACGUACUGUCAGGUGAUUAGAGCGUGUGACCUGUUUUCAUUUCCGACAAUAUAAAGUGUUAGUAAUGUAAAUGUUAGCUUGAUAGUGCAAAUUGUUGUGGAUAUGCGUUUUACAAGGUCGAUUGGAAUUUGGAAGUUGCAACAAUGUAAAUUUUACCGGUUGCUCCUGAAAAGAAAAGAAAAAAAGACGGCUUUUUAUGCCAGUCUCCUGAA